AUGGAGUUAUGGGCAUGUGGAUUCAAUGCUUGGAAUCAACUGCAAUUCGAAGGAGAUCUUCCUGAUGAGCCUGAAGAUGUCCUUACUUUCAAACGAGUAUUAAGAGCAGAGGGAAGUAUUAAGAUUCUUGAAACUUCUUUUUCUGCUUGUUUAGCAGUAGUAUCGAACGGUCCCUCGGGUCUCCAUGAAGAGAUAAAAGUUGCCGGUUCUCCAGAUGGAUUUUUACAAGCACAAUUAGAACAGGACACUGCAAUGAAUAGCACGCAAUCCUCAGAAGAACAAACAGACUUUGGAAGACCUGAAGAUGUUGCAAAUAAGGCAGCCGCAGCUGGAAACGACAAGAUUGCAGCUUUCACAUCAACAAACCUAACCCAAUACCCCUCUCUUGCCUCAUACCUCUCUCAAGCCACUCCAGACUUCACAUUUCCCCUCCCCCACGUCAUGCAACUCGUCUCCAACACCACUACCUUCACGGCCCUCACCCAAGAAGGAAACGUCUACACCUGGGGCGACGAACGCUACCCCUCCUAUCUCGGCCGUGAGCCCACCUCUUCAAAUCCAGCAUCUCAACCCACCCUCCUCACCUCUCUUGUCUCUCUUCCUACUGGACAAAUCCACAAAUUGUCUUCUUCCGGCCCCCUAACCGCCGCUCUUACCACCGGUCAUGAUCUUUACAUUUGGGGUCGCACCAAUACCUCCUCUAUAAUUCCCGAACUAAAAGACUCCUCGGACGAUUACGAUCCCAUUCCACUCGAUAUCCACGGAGCCGACAUCCUCGAUUUCAGCAUUGGCGAGAACCACAUGUUGGUGCUGACGACGGAUGGAGAAUUGUAUGUCAUUGGGGAGAAUGGGAAUGGACAACUUGGAUUCGGAGAGGGGGAGAAAGAGAGAUGCGAGGAGUGGAGGUUAGUUGACCUAGGGUUUGAGAGAGAGAGCACGAAGAAAUGUGUAGGAGUGCGGGCAGGGUACAAGUGUAGCUUUGCACUCGUGGAGGACCUCUCUUCAUGA